CCAUGAUCCCUACCUCCGCAGGGAUCUAUCUUCGUAGCUCAUAGUGCUAGGAAGACUCAUAUACUCCGCCUGGACGUAUGCGCAGGACUGGUACCAAGCGAUGCCUAUAUGCACUAGUUGCACCCACCCCACGCCGUAUCUAUAUACGGUGUAUGAAUCCGCAUACAACCUGCGUCUGGAACAAUGCACGGCAUGUCAUGCAUUCGCGGACCCUUACGUUGAGCAUGACGCGCUCACGCUCCUACUGGACCUGAUCCUCCUCAAACGAGACGUGUAUCGUCAUUUGCUGUUCAAUCGAGGUCGUGGAGCACGCAGGGUAGGAAGGUCUGGGACUGCUCUCGAGGCAGACGCUCCGUCACAGCGAGGACUGGCCUCUCCCGGAAAGCCGCCAAACUACCCUGGAGCCUGGGAACAUGCCAGGGAGAGGGCACGAUGGUAUAUGAUUGUACGACUCGGUGUGGCACUCAUCGUCCUGGAUGCAUUCAUACGGUGGACACAUCUUAUAGACUCUCGUAUCGGUGCUCCGGAAGACAUCUUGAAUUCGAACACCGAGGUCGUGGCCGGCUUUGUCCGCAUAUUCGUCGGAUGCUUUGUAGAAACGGCCGCGUUUCAUGCGGGUAUCAUCAUCGCCUCUUAUGUCGUUCUCCAAUGUGUAGCCUGCCUUCGACCAUCUGCGCUGUUUGCGGCCGAUUUGUCACAGGUUUCUGGCAUCCGCAAAGAGUUCAGAUACUCGCAUAUACCCCUCACACUUCUAUAUUCGUCAUUGACAAAACUAUUCCUACUAUUCCUGCUGACGAUAUGGCGACCUGGGCCAGUGGAGCAAGGCACACCUCCCAUAUCUACAAGCUCGCAUCCAAUAGUGGCUCAAGCCCUUAGCCUUCUCGACGAAGAUCGCCUGGAUCGCGAAUGGAUCGUGAGAAACGUCCUCGGAGGCAUGUCUGCAGGCUUCGGGCUUCGAGUCGUUCUGGAUUGUCAUCCCAUUCUCACAACAUGCAUCAUUCUCGCGGGAUGGGCUGUCAAGACUCUGGUUGCAGGAAUGAUCAGUCCUUGGGUGGGGAUCGGCUUCGGUGCUUAUGAGACGGCCAGCGAGAUGUGGCUAGCGUAUAGCAUUCCAUGACUACACUACACCACAUGCAAGCAACCGGACAGCGAUAGCAAGGGCCUGUCUACCGUGUUCGAAUGCAAAGGGACAAGGGCACUGCCAUUCGAGCCCAAUGAUAUGAUUGUGUGGCACACGCCGCGACCCUGAGGAUUGUUCACCCUUUCAAGCCCUGUCAGAGGAUGAAAGGGAUAAUAGCUUUUCUAUUCCGUGGGUAGGCUUCUCCGAAUUCGCGCUUGUACCCUUUAUGCUUCUUGAUUGCCCACUUCGACAUGGUGAUGGCGCUGACGACCACAAACAGCCAGGCUGAAGACAGA